ACCGGAGAACCCCUCCCACCCCCCCCCCCAAAAAAAGUACCCCACAAAAACUUUCAACCUAUGUUUUUCAAUCGCCAUUUCCCCCAGAAAAAAACAAAAAUAACCAUCAAUUUAAAUUAGGUACUAUUCAUGUCUUAUGAUUUCUGAUGCAAUAUCCAAAAAAUUUUCCUUGUAGCUGAAUAUCCUUCUUCUUUGUUGGAUUUUGGAUUCAAAUUUUCAAUUAUCCAAGAGAGAAAAAACCCAUCAAAUUUUAGCUUAUAAAGCCGAUAAAUUUAUCAAUUGGUAAGGGACCAUACAUGGCGGAGAAUGCAGAAGUUGAUGAGAGGGUGGAUCUUGAUGACAAUUACAUGGAGGAAGAGGAUGAUGAUGUUGAAGAACAUGUAGAUGAAGACGGAGUGGAUAGUGGUGGUGAUGAAAAUGGGGAAGAAAAUGAUGAAGAGGAAUUUGAGGACUCAAAAUCAGGGGUGGAUGGAAAAGAUCAAUCAUUGGAAGUAGAGAGAAGCCACAUUGAAACAGAGCAUGUGGAAGAUGAAGAAAAGCCCACAGCUUCUAUUAGUGAGGAAGAAAAAGAAAAGCAUGCUCAACUUCUUGCCUUGCCUCCUAAUGGUUCUGAGGUUUUCAUUGGAGGGCUUCCGAAGGAUACCUCAGAAGAAGACUUGAGGGAACUUUGUGAAGCAAUAGGAGAAAUUUUUGAGAUUAGGUUGAUAAAAGAUAAAGAAUCUGGUGAAAGCAAGGGCUACGCUUUUGUGGCAUUCAAAACAAAAGAGGUUGCUGAAAAGGCUGUUGAUGAGCUGCACAGCAAAGAGUUCAGGGGUAAAACUAUAAGGUGUUCUUUCUCUGAAACUAAGAACAGAUUAUUUAUUGGUAAUAUUCCAAAGAGCUUGACUGAGGAUGACUUCAGAAAAGCCAUUGAGAGUGUUGGACCUGGAGUUGAAAAUAUAGAACUAAUAAAGGAUCCUCUGAAUGUAAACCGAAAUCGUGGUUUUGCUUUUGUCUUGUACUACAACAAUGCCUGCGCUGAUUAUUCAAGGCAGAAAAUGGCAAGUGCAAAUUUUAAGCUGGAUGGCAACAACCCUACUGUCACAUGGGCUGAUCCAAAGAGUUCACCUGAUCAUUCUGCUGCUUCGCAGGUGAAGGCUCUAUAUGUCAAAAACAUUCCCGAUAACACUUCUACAGAGAAACUAAAGGAAGUAUUUCAGCGCCAUGGGGAAGUAACAAAAGUGGUUAUGCCACCUGGCAAAGCUGGUAAGCGGGAUUUUGGGUUUAUACAUUAUGCCGAAAGAUCAAGUGCUUUGAAAGCUGUCAAAGAUACAGAGAAGUAUGAAAUAGAUGGCCAAGUCUUGGAAGUUGUCCUUGCCAAACCUCAGGCUGAUAAGAAAACUGAUGCAGCAUACCCUUACAUUGCUGGGCUUAAUCCAAACCAUCUUCAGCAUCCUGGGUAUGGUGGUUUUACUGGAACUACAUAUGGCUCUCCAAGUGCUGGAUUUGGUGCUGCCACUAGUUUUCAGCAGCCAGUAAUAUAUGGAAGAGGGCCAAUGCCAACAAAUAUGGCUAUGGUGCCCAUGGUUCUACCAGAUGGCCGAAUAGGAUACGUCCUCCAACAGCCAGGAGUGCAGAUGCCAACCCCACGUCCUCGAAGAGUUGAUCGGGGCAAUGGCCCGGGAGGAGGAGCAGGGCGAAGUGGAAAUAGUGGAGGCGUUGAAGGCAACCGCAGUAGAAGGUACAGACCCUAUUAGUUUGUGGGAGUGUGGACAUCAGGUAGCGCUUUUGCUGGGAAACAGGAGACAGACGUUGUAGUUGGAUGAAUGGUGAAGGGGACUGUUUAACCACCCUCUUAUCUCUCUCGUUCACUGCCUCCAUACCACCCAAAAUCAUGGAUUAUAAAACGAAAUUAGAGAGUGAAAACAAUGUUGGAAUGGGGAAAUUUGGAGCAUCAUAUAAAAAACUUAAAAAGGUCUGUAGGAGAGGUAGUUGAAAUUAUAUUGUUCGACAAGUUUUGUUGUACUUGGUUGAUUGCUUUAUUGUUACAUAGCAGGAAACAGAAGUUGGGUUUUGCUUUUAACUCUAAGGGCUAUAUACAGGCUCCACUCCGUACUCCAUGUUUGAAGUCGAUUCCUUGUAGUUUCCUCUGUUUCGUGGAUAUGGCCUAACUGGAUUGGUUUUGGGUAACUCUCAACGCAACUUUUUUGGUGCA